AUUUUAAAGAAAUGCAUAUAUUACAUUUUUAAAUAAGAGGGAAAAAACACAUCAAAUACCUCCAUGGCACAAAAAGAUUCAUUCGGUAGCGAUGAGAUUUAUGUGGGUAUAUCCUUACAAAGUAAUCUAAUUUUGAGUUCUUCAUGGAUGUUUAGUUGUAUGUGAAGGGUCUCAAAGAAGAAGAUGUGUGAUGCCUUUUUAGUUGUGUGUUUAUGAAUCCAGAUUGUGGUGCCUUUUGGGUUGUGUGUUUAUGAAUCUAGAUUGAGAUAUAUAUGGUUCACUUUUAUCUUUACAAAUGAAUCUAAUUUUGAGUUCUUCAUUUGAUAGUCAUUUUAAUUUUAGGAGAGCUAAAUCCACAAACAAAGAAACAUGCUUAAAAGGAUCUUGAAUCCAAUUUUUCAAAGGGUCAGAUCGAACCCCAAAAAAAUCAAACCACAAAGAUCAUUUUUACGGUUUUGUCUAAAAAUUACAAUGAUUAAAAUUUAAAACUGUAACUUACUGUAAAUUAAAAAAUAAUAGAGGAUAAAAAUAUAAUUUAUACGUUUCUUAGCGAUUUAAAGUUAUAGUGGGUCUUGUGACAUCUCGUAUAGUUGGAUGACUUCCUAAAGUUCUCUUACAAAAUUAGGGCAUGAAAGCUUAUUGCAAAAUUUAGAAAGUUGAAACGAGUUUGAAAUUUUCAUUUGCUCCAUAUCUACCGCUUAAGUUGGGCAAAUUCACUGAAGGCUGAUUAAUCGGCGACGGCGGCCGACAACCGACGGCGAAGCAAAGGGGAUAUUUUUUUGAUUUGAGCCUCUCUCGCCUUAUACAUAUACACCACCAUCACCGCCCUGUACGGCGUCCUUCUUCUACAUCACCAUGUCGCGCUACCUUCUCUGUUAGCUAUCGUUGUUGGUGGAAACCGGAAUUCUUCACAAACACUAACAACUUCUUCGCUGGAAACCGCACUUCGUCAGACCACCCAAUAAAUUAUCUGACUAACUCAGUCUAUGGCAUCUGGUGAAGGUUUAGAUGUAAUGCAAGUGAAUAAUGGUUCUAGAAGACCCCGGAUUCUUCUAGCAGCAAGUGGAAGUGUAGCUGCCAUAAAGUUUGGAAACCUGUGCAGCUGUUUCUCUGAUUGGGCGGAUGUAAAAGCUGUUGCCACACAAGCAGCUUUACAUUUCAUUGACAGAGCAUCUCUUCCAAAGGAUGUCAUCCUCUACACUGAUGAACACGAAUGGUCAUCCUGGUCAAAGAUUGGAGAUACUGUGCUUCACAUUGAGCUUCGUCGAUGGGCUGAUAUUAUGGUCAUUGCUCCCCUGUCAGCCAAUACGCUUGGCAAGAUUGCUGGUGGACUGUGUGACAACUUGCUGACAAGUAUCGUUCGAGCAUGGGAUUAUGAGAAGCCGAUAUUUGUGGCUCCAGCAAUGAACACUUUUAUGUGGACAAAUCCUUUUACAGAAAGGCAUCUUAUGACAGUGGAUGAACUUGGAAUUACGCUUAUACCCCCCAUCUCUAAACGGCUUGCUUGUGGGGACUAUGGCACUGGUGCAAUGGCCGAACCUUCUCUCAUCUUCUCGACUGUACGGCUCUUCCUCGAGUCGCAACCAAAUUCUUCCACAAAUCAUUAAAUCUUAAUUUCUUUUGUAUUAUGAAACCGGUAAGAUCAUGGAUAGUUAUGUAAGACUGGGCAUAACAGGUUGUAGUUGUACUGUGUUUGGUAUGCGUUGGUUAACAUGAUAAAAACUUAUAUGAGGUUUUAAACACUUGUGUAUAUAUCUUUUUGCAUCUCAAAUAUUUGAUUUGUUUGCCCAUCCCAAAUAAAAUA